ACUAGGCCAACAGACGAACUUCAACUUGCUUUUUGCACCAGCAGUGGAUAUCCACGGCAUACCCUUCCCAGCUGCAAACAUGUCCGGCAACGUGGUCAAGGCAUUUGUCACCACCGGCGCUGUUAUCAAAGGUGCCAAAUCCCUUACCCUUGGUGUUGCAACCCAGACAUCUUUUUGGAACCGACCCGAGUCAGCCAUCACCGAGAGCAUGAAAUCAGGAUUCAAAGCAGCCGUGGAAAGGGACACUAGGGCAUUGCCUGCAGAAGCCGACAAAAUUGUGAUGCGCGAACCUGAGCAUGGAGAUGACAACCACUACACUGCCGUCCUCCUCGAUGCUGACGGCAAUUACCUUGAAUCUCGGCACUACUAGGUUAUGGAGCAAUAGGCGAGGCAAAGUGCUUUGGAUGAUUGGAGAUAGUUGAGAGUUGGAAUGAAAGAACGCUCGUUUAUUGGCGCAU